UGCUUCCGAAAUUGUAAAUUCACAAUGCGGCGCGCAUCUCGAUUGAUUCCGUUCGGUUUCGUCAUCCUGUCCCUGAUUCUUCUGCUCCUCCAGCCAUCGACGGACGGCCACACACUGGGCGCCAGCUGCCAGACGCCCGAGAAGAGCGAAGGACGCUGUGUGCACUUCAGCUCCUGCCGCCUCGUCCUGCGGCACUAUGCGAUGUACAAGGAGCACAUGCCGCCGGCGAUAAUGCGAUUCCUGCAGAGGGUCCGUUGCAAGCCGAAACGCGAAGGCUAUCAUUUGUGCUGCGAACUCAAAGAUGUGAUUCCAGCGAACGCCAACUCCAAGUUGAAGUAAAUCAACUUCAAAGUGCCUCAUGUGCGUGUGUGUGGACUUUGAUCUGCUAAAUCAGUUGGUAGCUUUUUGUUUGGGCCCAUAACCGAAAUGUUAUGGCCGCGUGCGGCAUCGCCUUUAAUUAUAAUGUGUACACGAAUUAUGUAUUAAGUGCGCCUUUCGCCAGUCUCGCCCAGGCAACAGAUGCUGGGACAUAAUAAAAAAUAAAAAGUUUAGCCUCAA